AUGGCCCAGGCCACAGUGCCACAGGCGCUCAGCGCAUUGGAACAGGCCCGAGCGAAGACGGAGGCCUUGGCUUCGGCGCUCAGCCCGUUGAGCCCUCUGGACCUGGCUGCACAGCGCGCCCAGCGCAUUGCGCAGGCCGCAGACCUGCGACAGGAGCCAGAGAUCGUUCCGCAGAUUGGCCGCAAAUUUGUGCUGAAGGAGGCUAUGAAGGCCUCCCAUGCAGCACUCUCCAAGGUGGCGCUGACCGAGGCAUCAAGGGCAGUCGAACCGAAGGAUUCCCCAGGACUGAUGGAUAGCAUCAAAGAGUAUUUGAGCCCAUCGACCACCCUCUUCCGACUUUCCACGACCACAACAGGUCCUUCCAGCAAGUUGACGCACAAAAACAAAAACGCCGGGUGCAUCAACGACUGCAGUGGUCACGGCAUGUGCUCCAUGGGCCAAUGUCGUUGCGAGGAGGGCUACACGGGUGAGGCCUGUGAUGUGGUCCAGUGCAAGGACGACUGCAACGGCAGGGGCACCUGCCGUGAGGGCCACUGCGCCUGCGAUUACGCCUUCUACGGCCAAGCUUGUGAGUUCCACCGUUGCAAAGAUGACUGCAGUGACCAUGGAUACUGCGACAGCGGCAAAUGUGUUUGCAGUGCCGGCUAUCGCGGUGACAGCUGCGCCGAUCCAGUGCCCGCCAAGGAGGACCUGACUGUGCUGGACAGCCCGGAGCAGCAGAGUAUCGCCCCUCCGAGCUGCCCGGAAGACUGCAAUCAUCGGGGCAGGUGUGAGUUGGAUGGCACCUGCACUUGCGCUACGAACUACACGGGCCUGGCGUGUGAAAACCACUGCCCGAGCGGCUGCAGCGGCAAAGGCGCUUGCACCGGAGGGCAAUGCAUUUGCUUCUUCGGCUGGGGCGGUGCAGAUUGCUCUGCCGCCAUGUGCUGCAACGGCCGUGGCGAUUGUCCCAUCCCAGGCACCUGCAAGUGCCACGAAGGCUUCAUGGGGACGCAGUGCGAAAUUGAGAAGAAAUGCCCGGAUCCAGUGGCUCAGCAUGGAUGGCUUCCUGUGGCCACAUUGCGGAUCUUUCAGCGCGCCGUGCAGUGCAUUGCGAAGCUGGGCAAGGAUGCCGCCUUGAUCUUCCAGCCUUCGCAGCUGGUGCUGCGUGGUGCCGAUGAUGGGCACUCCGCGGCCCUGCACUUCGUCUUCGGCGCCCGUCUCUUCCGCAGCGUCGCCGUCAGCGGCGAGACGAAGGUCGUGGUCGUGGCGCGGCAGCUGCUGCUGCCGCUGAGCGGCGCCACGGGGCCACAAGCGCGGCAGAAUACAGAGGGGCUCACGUUGAGAUUGGCAGGGCAGCGGAUCCUCCUGGAAUUCUCCAGUCGUGGGGUCAAGGUUCGUCACGGCGUGCCGUUGCUUGAGACCUUGCCGUUUCUCCCCACAGAUCCCGCGGCGGGGCCCCAUGCAGCGGCCAUGGCGCCCAGUUUGUUGGCCAAAGUCAUGCAGCAUUGCAUCCCAAAUCGCAGCGGCUGCGAGGAAGUGACUCUGGGUGCCGCCGUGGCAGAGGGCUUGCGCGUGCAGAGCGAGGACUUGACGGGUGCGGAGGCUCUUCCCGGGUCCCAUCGGACGGAAGUCUUGGUGCAGAUGUCCGACCUGGAAGCGUGUCACCUGGACCCCUCGGGCGGCGAGGUGCGGCUGCUGGGCCGCGGGCUGCGGGACUUCGCCAAGGCCGCGGAGGUCUUCGCCAGGGACUUGGCGCCCCGUUGCGAUGAGGGGAGCGAGCUGGAGCAGUUGGACGACUUCCUCGAGCAGGCCGAGGAGGAGAUCGUCGAUGAAGAGAACGAUGGCUAUGACCCCGAGGUCGUCAUCGACUAUGGCUAUGGGCACGGUGGAGAUGGCGACGAUGAUUUGGUGCCAUCACCAUCACCACCGGUUUCUACGCCACCAAGGCUUGGGAGAAAUGGACCGAGGACACCAUCGAGGCCUCCGUCUUCAAGUGGAUCACAACAUGGAGGUUCACAAGGUGAAGGUUCUCAACGUGGUGGAUCCCGAAAGGGACUGGCCCUGAAGGAGACCAAGCCUGGAUCUUCAGGCGGUGACUCGCCAUCGAAGACUUCGAAGGCGUCGGCAUCUUCACAGAGGAAGCCGAGGGGAAACUUGCCAUCGGCACCAACUUUCGAUGGCGACAGAAAGAAGGACCCGAAGUGCUUCAAGAAGUAUGCCAACAAGGUGGACAGCUACGUGGCCAUAGCUGAAAAGAUCAUAGAUGAGUCAGAGAUUGGACUACGACUUCAUGCAGCUCUUGAGGGUGAAGCAGCAGACUUUCUAGAAGAUGUGCCAGUACAAGCAUUUGGCCAGAAGGACGGAGAAGCAGACGACGAUGCGCGAGGUGGCCGACCACAUGGACAAGAGUGCGAGGCAGUGCAGAGACGAGCUGGCCGUGGGAGAGGAGCACACGAGGUACAGAAUUCAGACUCAUGGUUCUCUGACUGGCCUAUGCCUAUGGUCGACAACCAGAUGGCUGAGUGGAUCGAGUACUACGACCCUGUCGAGGCCCUGGCGGUGAACAUGGUCUAUGAGGAUGAGUAUGCGGCGAUCCCAGAGGGUUUGGCCCGUGAGUUGCAUGGUUGCCUGACGACUCACAGGGAGAAUCGCCAAAAGUUGGCGAAGGCUGUGCAGGCGCGCGGUUACUUCGUGAAGGGCAAAGGCAAAGGAAAGUCGAAGGACAAGUCCAAAGCUCCUAAAGGAAAGGGGCGUGGGAAAGGCAGUGGCAAAGCUCGCGGCAUGAGCUUGGACGAGCUGAAGAAGAACACUGCUUGUGCAGACUGUGGCCAGACCGGCCAUUGGCGAGGUGAUCAAUAUUGCCCCCGCCGAUCCAACACCACCGUGAAGGAGGAACCAGAUCCUGACGCUGAAGAAGAGUGGGACUAUGAAGGCUAUGAGUGGCACGACGGCUAUGAGCACCACUGGUCUGGGUGGACUGACGAGUACUCCUGGCAAGCUGAUGACCGCAGUGCCCAUGCACUUCAACGUCAACAUCAGAAGAUCUACAAGAUUGGCGAUGAUGCGGCGACGAUCAACAAGCAUGCUGAUCAACUGCGUCGGAAGGCACGGAAGUUGGACUCCACCUUGACGGUUGAGCCGGCUGCACCAUCACAGAGAUCCUCUUCACAGGUGACCAAGUCUGACUACUUCCUGGACAAGUCCAUCGUGGAGGACAACACCUACGGCUAUGUCAAGAACAUCUUGGAGGCGAGCAAAGCAUCAUCAUCUUCCGGCAGUGCUGGGCCAACAGCUGUGGCUUCAGCGCAACGACAACUUGGACCUGACAAGACCUAUGAUGAAGUGGGAUCAGUUUGGCAACUUCUCCAGGACAAGUCCGAGAAGCCGGACGUGGACAAGAUGUGCGUGAAGCAGAGCUACACCCUGCGCAAGGUGGACCUUGACCUCUCCGACGACGAGCUCCUUCCGGACAUUGACAUCGUGCGGGGCGCUUGCAGUUUGGCUCGACGAAAGCCGACGGUGGAAGCAGGUAGAUGCUAUCUCACCAUCGACACUGCGUGUGAGAACACAGUGUGUGGCUCCAUCUACAUGGACUUCCUUGCCACCAAGCUCAAGGAGCAGAACUUCAUGGCGCUGCAGCAGCCAGAGCGCGAGCAGUAUUGCUUUGGCCCGGGGAAGCCUCAGACAUCAACGACGAGAUUGUCGGUGCCCAUCGGGAUUGGAGGAGUUCCGAUCAUCAUCAGAACUUCCCUCGUCAGAGAGGACAAGCUGGCUGGUGGACAAGGACCCAACGGCAUUCCUUUUUUGGUGGAUGUGUCUGGGCAUCUCGUCAUUGCCAUCGACGAGUACCCCAAGAAUGGUUGGCCCCCUGGAUUGACGACGACCAGCUUGGAUCUUUACCCAGAAGCGGUGUUUGCUGCUGGCCGUCACCGACCUUGUGAAGAUGGUGACCAGCCAGACGCCAAGCGAGCCAAGAAAAAGGAGCGCCAGAGUUCAACUCCGAGUGCAUCAACAUCCAAGACAUACUUCAUCCCCAACUUCAUCUAUGAGCCCAAUCUAGACACCAUGGACACUGAUAUCACGAAGGGACCUUGCAGUGUUCCAGCUGAUUACUGGGAAUAUGACCUCAAGAAAGGCAUUGUCAUUCGGCAUCACUGCAGGCCGAGAUGUUCGCGCUUUCACCCAGAAGAAGCCCACGACAGGACCAGUCCUUUGAAUCCAUGGCGGCGCAUGGUGGUCAAGCUCAACUACCUGUUGCAGAUGGCCUUCACCCAAUGCAGCGCGCAGCUGAUGGUGCGAGAGAUGAAGCACGGAGCCCCGGCGCUGACAAGCUACGCUGUGGCGAUGGCGAAGACCGAGGUGCACCAAAUUCGAAAGGAGACAUCCUCCAUGGUCCUAACACCUGGGACGACAGCCCGGGCGAAGACAACCCAGAUCCUGCACCAAGGGUAUCCAGUACCCACGGAUCUAUGCCUACACGAAGCCGAGCAUGCGAGAAAGAUCGGGAACAAGCACGGUCGCUUCCUGGAGUGCACAGCAUGCGGCCUGGUGAAGAAGGCCCUGGAGACCGACUACGGGGUCCCCAUCACCAAGGACUUCGGCAAGGAGGACUUUGGGAACAACAUCUACGAGGAGCAUGGGAGAAACGUGGAAAGCUCCACACUCUUCCCGCAGCCCGUGAAAUUGUGGCUGAACGUGCUGCAUCUUCAAGGUGGCCAAGAAGACCCUUCACCUACGACAUUGUCGAGAUCUUUGGACUUCGAUGGUGAGCAUACGUGCAGCCCACCACUGGAACUUGAAGGUGGACAUGCAAUGACUGAGAAUCCCGCUACGGCAGACAGCCAACAUCAGCCACCAAUACAACGGCUGAGGGAUACCUUCUAUGAGACGACAAGCUGCAUGUGCCGCUUCGGUAUGGUUGGACGCAAGGGCCUGCCUUUUCUGAAGAGGGUGAGGUUGAUUGCCAUUCACAAGAAGUUCACCGACGCACUGGACCUUCAGUGCCAACGUGAUCAUCAGCACGAGAAGGCCUACUUGGACAUUGUGGCUGAGGAGGACUUUGGAGCGCAUCACAGCUGGGAUCCUAUGGAACCACGAGGAGCUCACUAUGUCGACGUCAACAAGGAGGAGCCGAGGUGGAGACCUCUUUUUGACGAGGCGGCCGAGAUCCUCGCCCGGAAGGUGCAGAAGGACCUGUUCAUCGACCCCCGCAUUGGCAAAUUGCCAAUGUGCAGGUCGCUAUGGUAUGGCCUGGUGAUCCAAAAGACCCUUCACCAGCGCAACCUCCGGCUCUACAACCAGUUCCUGUUGAAGGAGAUGUCGUGGUGGAGCAUUUGCAAGAGGCAAUGGAAGAUCAACGCCUUGUACGACAAGAUUAUGGCUCAGGACUUCGUGCACGCAUUGGUGCAGCACGGCAAGAUGGACCCUGAGUGCAUCAACCUGGCAAGGCGUUUGAAGUGCGCCACCUGCGAGAGAACUCGCAAGCCAUUACCACCGAGACCAGCAAGCUUCAAGGCGAUGGGAUGCUUCAAUGACAAGAUCUGCCUGGACUAUGUGUUCCUCCAUGACUCUGAGGGGACCAAGCACAACUACAUCCACAUCCUGGAACCUGCAAGAGGCUACAACCUCUUCAUUUGGGUACCUUCCAGACUACCUGGCGACGCUCUACAGGCUUUUCAAGACAGCUGUGCUAUGUGGGCUGGAUACCCGAAGAAGAUUUGGAUGGAUCGAGAUGGAUCCUUUGGCGGCAUCUUCGCUGUUGAAGCGUUCAACAGGGCAUUUCGCUUCACAGCUGAGCGCUUGAUCGAUGAGAAGCAGUUGGUGGGCUACCACGACAUGAAGCAGCUGGGAAUCAUUGUGGCCGCCGCCAUGAACGAUAAAGUCAGAACUUGCGGUGCAUCCGCCAACAUGUGGCUCUGUGGCAAGAGUCCCCAGAUGCCCUACGACUUGUUGGAUAGAGAAGGACAGGUAGAAGCACUACAAGGCCGAGGUCCUGACGAAGAACUACGUCUACGUCAAUAUGUCCGUGCACAAGCUGAUGCCUUGAUAGCCCAGUACAAGAUCGACGAAGCACUCCGCACAGCGGUGAACAGGAAAGGCAGACCUUCCAGGUUGACAUAUGAGCCAGGAGAACUUGUGGCUUUCUGGCGCAACAUCAAGAAGAAGAAGGGCAAGCUGCUUCAACCAGGAUGGUAUCGGGGCACUAUCAUCGGACCCCACAAGGGCACUGAUGAGGGCAACCAGAACAACUACUGGGUGACCUCCAUCGGCAAGCUCAUCUUGGUGUCAAAGGAGCAACUCCGCCCGACCUAUGGCACCAAACGAUGGCGCAUUGAGGAGGAGGAGUUGCAGGACUUCCUGAACGUCGACUACGACGAGUACGACGAACGUCUACAUCACGCGCAAGGACCAGAAGGCCCUGGAGAGAGAGAACUGUUCCAUAUGAUUCCUGAUGAACAACGAGCUGGAUACGCCGAUGCCUUGGCGAAGGAGUGGCAGACUUGGUGCAAGUAUCAGGCAGUUGCAGUCCUUGACACCGAGGAUUCUGCCCACGUUUUGGCACAUGUGAGUCCCGAGAGGAUUCUUGCGACAAGGGUGUGCUACCGGAACAAGAACGCUGCAAUCCCUUGGAUGCCCAUCAAGUAUAAGGCCAGGAUCGUUUGCAGAGGAGAUCGAGACCCUGACCUGCUGACAUUGAGACGGGACGCCCCAACAUUGGCCCGUUUGUCCUUGAUGCUGAUUUGUCAGCUGGCGGCAUCCAUGGUGGAUUGGUUCAUGUUCAACGCGGACAUCACCGGAGCUUUUCUUCAAGGUGAUCAAUCACUAGCUAGCCGUCGCGAGCCUUUGUAUCUACGUCAACCUCGCGAAGGACUACCCGGUCUUCAUCGAGAUCAACUGAUGUUGAUAGUUCGAGGAAUCGUUGGACUAGCCAACUCCCCGAGAUUGUUUUGGCGCCAUCUACGUGACAGCCUUCUACAGCUUGGCUUCCGACAGAGCAUGUUGGACAAGGCCCUCUUCCUCUACUACAAGAACGGACAGCUGAUCUUAGCGAUUGGAGUCCACGUGGGUGACCUCAUCGGCACAGGCAAACCUGGAGAUGCGGAUGAGAUCCUCAAGAAGAUCCGUGAGACAUUUGACUUCGGCGCUUGGGCCGACGACAGAGAGGAGAAGGUCCUUGAGUAUGGCGGUAUAAGCAGAUCACACGUCAAGGUGGUGUGGUGCAGCAUUGAUGCUGCACGAGAUGACGGAGAUGAGGAGUGUCGGUGGCUUCUUACACUGGCUUGUAAGCCUCGAUGUGCCAAGAUCGUGGUCUACAGCGACAGCUCUUGGGCGAACGCACAUGAGAUGAAGUCUCAAGCAGGCUUCUGCGUUUUCAUUGCCGGCGAGAACGUGGACACUCUGGCAGAUGCUCAUCGAGAGCUACGUGCCAACUACUUCAUCCAGGUCAUUGGUGUCACAGACUGCCGGAGCCUCUACGACCUUUUGGUGAAGGACGGGCAACCGGCGACCACUCAGGAGAAGAGAUUGACCAUAGACAUCAAUGGGCUGAAAGAAGCCGCGAACGAGUUUGACCCCGAAGGGGAAAGGCUCAAAGAGACCUUUCGUUGGGUGGCUACGGAAAGCCAAGUCGCCGACCACCUGACUAAGGUGAAACCAGCUCACCAGUUGCGAGAUCUCUUGGACCGCGGUUGGUUGAAGCUUGUGAGGAUCGAAACCGAGGACAGCCUGGGCGUCCUCGAUGGCUCCGCCCUGUUGGAGCUCCGCUUCGGCGCGGCGUCGGGCUCCGUGCUCUGCAGCCUGGCGAUGGCCGCGGAGGGCGUGGCCCGGGAGAUACAGAGCUUUCGCGCCGUGUUCAGCGUGGCCAUCCGGGAAAGCUCUGGCAGCCUCCCGCCCGCUCCAACGCCUGCGCCCUCUGCCCCCGCCAGCGCGGCGUCGCGACGCCCGCAGCCCCGGCAGGGAGCCAAGAGGAGGGCGGUGGAAGCCACCUUGGAGGACUUCGACGCCUUCCCCGAGCACAGCCAGCGCCCCGUGAUCGACCUCACCCAGCUCUCCAGCGCACCUGCAGCGCCUGCGCCGGUGCCCGCAGUGCCCAGGGCGAGCCAAGGCGAGUUGCCGCUCUUCACAGCGCAGCAAAAGGCGCAAAUGGCGACCCAACUCUCCACGCAGCUCCCAUCGGUGCCACCAUCAAUGCCGCCUCCAACGGUGCCAGCCACGCCACUGCCAUCGCAGAACGGCUCCCAAGAGGUAGGCACUGGCAGCUGGUGGCAAGGUCGCGCCACUCCACCAGCCCAGGUCAUGGCCUCCUUAUCUCGCCCCGCGGUGUCGGCCUCGCCCGUGCAGCCUGGGGUCAGAAACGUUGGAAAUGCGGUGCUGGCGUCCCACCUGGAAAAUACCAGGGAUGUGUUGGAUAGCGAUGAUGAAUUGAUUGGAGCAGAUCCAGAUGAAAUCGCAUUUGCGCGAGGUGAUCAAGAGGAAGAAGCUCCCGAUUGGUUUGACUGUGAGAAAUUAUGUUCGGCACAGAUCACAGUUGUUCUUGGUGUCAAUUUGACGUUACGACCUGUCGGGACAUGCAUUUUAAUUCGGGUUGUCAACAAAAUUUUUGCAGAUGAAGAGCUAAAGGAUGGACUGCUCAGGGCAUGGCACCUGCUUUCUGGGCACCUGCAGGUCGCAGCUGCUGGGUGUGAGAACGGCUGGGCCGGUGUGGCAUGCCAGCAGUACGUGCCUCCACCCGGUGCCUUGGGGGCGAUUCCUCCCGCCUUGAUCCCGGCAGCACCUGGAAUGCAAGGGGAUCCGAUGCCUGCUGCCUUGUUGGGCGUAAGCAGCAAGGCAGCGUCACCAGCAGCACCAAGCUGCAACGCUCCGCACGGCCGCUGGAGCGACGACGUGGGCGUGUGCAUCUGCCAGGCGCCCUUUCACGGCGAGUCCUGCGAAGAGAAGCAUUGUCCGGAUUGGGAUGGCAGUGAAGGAGGCAAAGAGUGUAGUGGAAAUGGCGUUUGUCAACAAGGGAAAUGUUUUUGCUUGCCAGGGUUUGGCCUGGCCAAUCAAUCCUCAGCGGAGAACAUUUGUGCUGACGUGGUCUGUCCUGCGGACUGCGGGGCGCAUGGCAGCUGCGAAGACGGGCAGUGCCGCUGCGAGCCUGGCUGGCAGGGCUCCACUUGCCGAGAGCCGCAGUGUGAAGAUGAGUGUAAUGGGCAUGGCCUUUGCAUCUUCCCCCAGCCGGGUCUUCCUGGGGCCUGCCGCUGCGAGGAAGACUACUUGCCUCCAGCUUGUGCAGAACGUCGACAAGAGGCUGCCGGAAGACCAGUUCCAAUGGUUUUGAGACUCGUGGGUGGUAGAUGUUUGGCGGCAUUCCCUGUGCCUGUUGCCUUCGGAAGCAACCGAUUUGUGGGAGUAAAGCUGAAGCGCAGCAAGCUGAAUCCUCUCCCUAGGAGAUGUCAUUUUUCUGCGCUGAGCUUCGCUCGCGUGCGCAUGACGGUGGGUGAAGCAUGGCGACAGCUGAAACUGCAACCGACCUCCUCCAAGGAGCAGAUCAAGAAAGCCUUCAAGGAGCGCAUCAGGCAAGUUCACCCAGAUGUAACUGGAGAGGAUGGAACCAUGCUUCGCAAGGUGCAAGACGCCUACCAGAUACUGGAAGAAUUGCGAGAUCCAACCAUUUACGACGCUUCUUCAGAGGACGGGCUGCCGCACUGGGCCGCUGGACUGCUGGAGGGCAUCGAAUGGAGUUCCGACUGCCCCAGCUAUGCGGAGUUUCUGCGGAAGCCCGACAACAAGGCCUUGGCAGUGGGCGAGAUCAGCCAGCGCACCGGCAUUCGACCGUGGGCUGCUGCCUGGGGCAAGUUUUCCCAACAGGACGCUAACUCAGAAGCCCUGCGCGUUUGCCGUCAGAUGGGCGUGAAGUGUCGCCUGGUCUACGUGGGCAGCGGCACCGCCCGCGUGCGAAGCGUGGGCUUAGACAGUCGAUCCACUGAGGAGGAGAAGAGUUGGUGGCGAGAUCAAGUGAUGAAAUCCGGCGACCUGCCGGGCUUCGGCUGGAUGCCCACCAUUGAUCCCUCCAAGGAACGAUUGGUCGGCUGGAAGACGAUCAAGGAAGGCAGCGGCGUCAUUGGCGAACAACGCAUCCGUGUCCCUGUCUUUGAACCCGUCACCGGAGGAACACCUUACCUCUAUGCUCCUGGAAAGCCAAAGCAGCGUGUGCAAUUGAAGCGGACGCCCUUCAAACGCGUGCAGAGCCUUCACCGCGAUGCCCUGCGGAACAAGCGUUCGGUGUUGCGG